ACACGUCGGUCGGUGGCCAGCUGUUUUGUGCCGUCGUUCCCUUUUUCCUCGGCUGUCCGACCGGCCACCCGAAAGAUGUUCCGAAUUGGAUUAAAAUUUCCGUGCAACGGUCUAAAUCGGGUUAAGAAACACGGAUAUUCCAAGCUCUACUUAACGGCCAGGUACUAUGAGACGAGGGCUCGUGUCAAGUGCGAACCCGAAGGCAGGCUUUUCAAGGAAGCCAAACUUACGUCCAGGUUUUCUGGACUUAAGUUUUCAACUGACUCACCGAAAAGUGAGAAGACACGGGGUACUGGUACUUUGAUGACAAUCAGUGCCGUGACGCUUGGUGCAUUAGGAUUAUUAGCCUUUGCAAAGAAGAAUCCAGACUUUAGGGCAACAUUAGAAGAAUGGGUUCCUGGUACAGACCACGCUAUUCGGAUUAUAUUCCAAGAAGAGGCAACUUACCUCGAGUUUCUAAGCAGUUUCUUCGAGUCAUUGAAAGAAACGAUAAUGGACUUCAUCUUCCCAAAGACACAAGAGAAAGGAGCACCAAAACCAGCAUUUGAACCACUGGUGGACAUAAAGCAGCCGCCCAUUAACGAACCCUAUGCAGAAAUUCGGUUAAGCAAGGAGAAAGGAGACGAAAUCGAAGUUGUGGCAGAGAAACCACUGCCCCCUCCGAAGAACAUACCCGAUGAAUUAUUGCCUGCCAAUCUCGUCGAGCUUGAGGGGUAUUGUGGUCAGGCAGCGUCAAGAGCCAUUACAGCGUACAACAAAGCUAGUUGUGCAAUACAAGACUACAAUAAAGACAUCAUUACCAUCUUGGAACAUGCAGCGAGCGACAUUGGAAGUGGAGUCUGGGCCAGGCUAAAAGACGCCUCGAUAAAGGUAAAGGACUCCCUGAAGAGUGCCGAGGAGAAUGCCAAGGACGCGAUGGACUCUCUGGAACGGAUGUACAACUUGAUCGAAGACCCCAAAUUCGAAGCUUCCGGGGUGGUGAAGACCGUGGCCAAGAGGAACGUCAAAAAGAUAGUGGACGACGUAGAGCUCGCGAAAAAAAAAUUCGAGGACGACAUGCGCUCUGCCAACGUGACGGAGAAAUUCUGGAAGCAGGUCGAGUCUGCCAGGGAAACCUUCAACGAGGAACUGCAAAUUCUCUUCCCAGGAAUCAACGUCCACGACAAGGAAAUGGCGAUUCGGGAGGAGGCGUUGGACCUGUUCGUCCUCUACGCGUACAACAAGAUCAACUCCCUCCAGAAGGAAGUGGCCAGGCUUCAGACAAUAGAGGACGCUAAACUAAAGGCAGCGCUGAAGGCGACCGGCGAGGAGGGAGACCAGGAGAAGAUCGAGGCGUUAAUAUGCACAGAAGUCAACAAGGAGAAGCGCAUCCUGCAGGAAGAAUUCGAUCGGAAGUUCCUCGAGGAGCAGAAGGCCUUCGACGACGAGAUGAGGAGGCAACUCAGGAUCCAGGCCCAGGUUCACGCGGACCACCUCAAGGAGAUCCUCGAACAGAAGGACAGGGAACACCAGAGGCUCGUCAACAGGACUGUAAGCGAACAAGUGGAGCUGGAGACCGGCAGGUCGAAAUUACAGCUCGCCUCCAUUGUCGGCAGACUGCGGGGACUGGACGCCGCUCUUAAGGCGAGGCUGGACGAGGAGAGGAGUGCCUGCGACGCGCAAAUGCUCUGGGCAGCCUGUCAAGCUUUGGCAAGAGCUGUCAAAGUCGCCCCACCUGGUGCCACGCCUGAUAAGGCUAUCAGGCCCCUCGAGCCGGAGAUCAACGCCGUCUCCAAGGCUGCUCCGAAAGGAGACGAGCUGGUGCGCGCGACCAUCGAAGGCAUCCCCGAAGAGGCGUAUAAGCGAGGAGUCUUCCCCGAAGACGCGCUCAGAGAGAGGUUCCUCCAGGUAGAGAACAUGGCGAGGAGGCUGGCCCUCGUUCCGGAGACCGGGGCGUCCUUGCCGAUCUACGUCCUCAGCUAUCUGCAAAGCUUCCUGCUGGUCAAGGCGGUCGGCCCGAUACCGAAGAGCGAGCUGGACGACGAGCCCAUCGACGUGGAGGCCCUCAACACCUACGACAUCCUCCACAGAGCGAGAUACUGGAUGGACCGUGGCGACUUCAGGAUGACCCUACGGUACUUGAACCUCCUGGAAGGUGCUCCUCGGUGCAUCGCUAGGGACUGGAUGAACGAAGCCAGGAUCCUCCUGGAGACGCAGCAGGCCGUCGACACGCUGCUAGCGUACGCCGGUGCCACGGGCCUCGUUUUCCUAGGUGGCGGAGACUCGCCCAAGGCCAAUUAGUAAAGAAGACGUGCACCGGAGCCGGUGGAAAGCGCGCGAGCCGCGCCGCGGCUGAAACCGCAUCGUCGAGGAACUCGGGGAGGACCGCGGAGUCAGCCUUAAUUGUACAGUACACCGAUUUUUCCCUUUUUUUCUAGUAAAUUAUGUCGAGCAAAGAUCACGGAGCAUGACUUUUGGUGACGACCGGGCCGGAAGGAAAGAAAAAGGGAAGAGACGUUCCGACUCGUCGAGCGGAAGGUCGGCGAGUGACCUCGCUUCCGCUCGACGUCCUCGGACCCUGCCUCGGACCUGGGUUCCCUAGGGUCCCUGAGGUCCCCAGGGACCCGAUGGUCCAGGGAAAGGACUCUUCCCAGGGGAGGCUCUCUUCCGUCGAGCCGAACCCUGACGAGGAGCCUCCACGUGGAAGUCGUUUCACGGCCUCGCCGAGUUUUUCAACUUCGCCGUUAAAUCCCGGAUUAUCGAUCCCGAUCCCGUCGCUCCCUCGGGAUUUCCUAGAAGAGGACUCCGACGACUUGACGAAGACUCGCCAGGAGGACGAUUCCGAGAUUGCCCCUCUUCAAGGCGUCGUUUACGAAGUCUGACUGGAUAUAUAGUUAGGGAGAAGUCCGACAGGGAAUAUAGUUGGGGCGAAGUCCGACAGGAAAUAUAGUAGAACGAAGUACAGGAGACUCCAUCGAUCGCGAAGCUCGCGAUACGACUGUAGGGCGCUAUGUUUACCUGAAUAAAUUUCGUAAAAACUGGA